AUGGCGUCGGUUUCGGCUUUGGUUGGUACGGCCCCGACCCCUGCCGGAACGGUUCUUGCCUCCAGGACCUCAAGUCUUCUGGAAGGAAGGGAGCUCAGGCGAGGUAAGUCGGAGAGGCCCUUUGAAGCCAGGCUGUUUGGGGCAAGAUCCCUGGCACUUGCAGUGCCGGCACUGCCUCUGUUCCUUCGGGCCUGGCCCGCCCGGCCCGCCCGGCCCGCCCGGCGUCUGAGACGGUGCAGCGCGCAGGCAAGGAAGGCGAAGGAGUCCACGGAGGAGGCAGAAGAUUCCAAGGCCUUGUCGCCAGAGGUGCAGGAGACCUUGGCAAAGGCGGCAGCACGCUCGAAGGCCCGCAACACAGCGAGGUCCACUGCACCGCCCUUCGACCCUGCUGAAGAGCCCGGCGUCACAGCACCCCUGGGCUUCUUCGAUCCAGCAGGCUUCUGCACCGGCAUCGACAAGAUCAAGUUCCGACAGCUUCGCACCUCUGAGCUGAAGCACGGCCGCAUCGCCAUGCUGGCGGCCAUUGGCCUGCUGGGCCAGCACUACCUGCGCUUUCCCUUGGCCGUCUUCGACGAGCUCCCCAACGGCAUAGGCGCUGCCGCCGAGGUGCCCGGGCAAAUCGGGAUCUUCACGCUCUUCGGGGUGGCGCUGCUGCCCGAGUUCAGCACUCCAGAUGCCUCGAAAGAGGUGGGGGACUUUGGAGACCCCUUGAACUUCCAGAUGCUCACCUUCGGUGCAGAUCUCUCCGAGCUCCGGGACCGGGAACUGAACAAUGGCAGGUUUGCCAUGUUCGCGACCAUGGGCAUCUUGGGAGCGGAGCUGGCAACGGGCAAGGACGCCGUGGAGCAGCUGGGGCUCGCAUAG